AUGAGCACUCAGCGAGAUGCUACAAGUGGAAAACGGAAUUUAUUCAAAGCAAAAGCUUGCUUUACUAGCGGACGUAGCGCUAGGAAUGCAUCCAUAUUUUGUCGAAACGUUUUGGUGCUUCAGGGAGAAUGUGCGCCUGAUAUAAUAUGCGUGGAAGAAAUCCAUUCCGAAGUGUCAACAGCUCCCCUAACGAGCGAAGAUAGUGACACAGCGGACACAGAAGGCAGAAUAUCGUUAGAGAACUCACCGUUGCGACAACGCAGGGCGGGCAUUUUAAAAGGCGGACGGUUGUGGAAGUCUCUAGACGGCGAUAACAACGCUCUUGAACAGAACGACGAUCAACGAUCCACAACGGCCAGUGACGAAGAUGGUUCUGUCACACCCAGAUCCGUUCGCUUCGUUGAACGCCCCAAAGAGGCGGAAGACGACGACAAAAAUAAGGCUCAACAGACGCAAAGUACAGACAACGAUACACAGAAGGACGCGGCUACAGGACACAGAUUGGAAACACCGUUAGUACAAACUACAAGUACAUCGAAGUCGAAUUCGGCAGUUCAGCAACUAUUCAACAGCCACCGACCUCCGCCGCCGGCCAUAGAGCCACAAUUAAUCACGUCAGAAACACUACGCGCCUGGGAUGCUGGAGUGAGGCCGAAAGCAGAAGACACGGCUGUGAGGCGAGUCGCUGAAAGAAAUGCCUUGAGAUGUUCCUUACUUAGGAGCGAGGCGAGGAAAAAACAACAACCAAAGCAAGAAGGCGCAUCUCUCGCCGAGCGGAUACGUCUGCUGACCUGUGAUGUGGAGGAUGACGCAGAGGAGCAACGGUCAUCACCCGCUGGAGCCAGUGUGGACAAAUUUUCCAGUAGUAGCGACAAAUCGUUUAACGGUGUCGACAAGAGUAAUGAGAAAGCAUUUGGCAGCGGCUCAUCCAGUUCUUCUUCAUCCACACUAUCAGCACCAGUUCCGACGAGGCAAAGACCGCCAGACUUGGGUGACGUUCACCAAGAACCACAUAAGCCAAGACCCGAAGCUCGCCGACAGUUCCUCUCAACUCUAGCACCACUGACAGCUUGCGUUGGCAACGCAGCGCAUCAUGAAGGCUUCUACUAUGUGGCCCCAGGAGAUAGAGGAACUGCCUCAUCAAACACGGAGGUGGACCUUCACGAAAGCAGUGACGCACCAGCGCCUGAUGUGAUCGCUGGAACACCUGGUGCUACAGACAACGACGAUAGCUUAGCCGCAUUCGCCCGGGCAUCAGCGCCAAGGACGGAGAGAUUACGCCAGCGAUACGGCCAAGAGUCACAGCCAGUUAGUAGUGAUGAUGAACACGACGAUUAUGGUUUCCACCGACGGCCUGCAGUAAGAGGCAUAGCGGUUAAGCAGCAAUUAGGCGCGUCAGACGACAUCUUGCAGCAGAUGCAGAAUGAGCUGCAGCCAACCCCCAGUUCCACACCAAUGCAGAUGCCGACACACGCUUGCCAACGUACAACAACUUCCAACUACGCGUGGCCGUAUUACUCUGAGGCAAAUUUGAACUCGCGUCCACAGAGUAGAGCCAGUGUUCAUACAAAUUGGUCCACCAAGUCUUCCGACUACGUAACAGCUCGACAGUGCAACUCCACUCCAGUGCCACAGCAACACACGGAUGCGUGUUAUGCCCACGCGCAGAAUAUGGCUUCAUACACACACUAUCAACAGCAUCGUCAGCAAGAGAAUAUGUACAGAAAUAAUUGUUCGCUUUACGCUAAUAUUGGUUGUUCAGACAGUAGUCAGGAACUUUAUAGUUCUCAAACUAGUUCGGAACAAACUUCCCCCGUGAGGUCGUCAUCGAGGUGUCGAAGGCCGGAAUCCCCACCGCCCAUCAGAAGUCACCACCAGCUACUCUACGUACCUUACAGCAGCCAUUAUCAUUACCAACAUGAGUACGCGCAACACUGGACAGCUAAUGAUUAUGGACGCAUGCAGACUUACUAUCAGCAGCAGAGCAGAAGCGGUGCCAGUACACCACAGCCAGUUUCAGCCCAGUCACAACCCGUUGCGGCGCAACCACAACGAGCACAUUACACGCAUCCGUUGCAAUUACAAACUUUAUGCCCGGCACCAGCUCGCUACAGGACCGUCCCCGCCCCACAACCCGGAGGGGGCAAACAAAUGAUCUGUUAUUCAGAGAAGGUGGCGCCACCGAUGUAUCAACCAGCGCCAGGUUCGCCGUCUAGGGUAGCUCGUGGUGCUCCCGAAGGGGCCCCCUCCGGGACAAAUGCCCCGAGUGCUACUUCCCCGAUGGCGGUCCCACCAAACCCCAUUUAUUAUGCCAUGAACGUGUGA